CUUAGCGAAAAAAAAUCCCGUAAACACAUUAAUAGUUUUUUUAUAGGUUAAAUGCAAUAUGGUUGGAACACUUGAAUUCAUGUCACCAGAGGUGAUGAAAUGCUCCCAUGCAAGCCCUGCUAGUGAUAUGUGGAGCUGUGGUGUUCUUCUAUAUAUGUUACUCAGUGGAGGUGUCUCUCCUUUUUGGGCUGGCAACGAUUAUGGAACACAGAGAAAAGUUGUGAAAGGACAGUACAGAUUGGAUAUUCCUCAAUUUGACAGUAUAACAGAGGAAUAUAAAAUAUUGUAAAAAAACAAAUUUUAAAAAAUUUGCUUCAGUUUAAUACUUUCAGGGACUAUAGACAAAAGUUUGAUUGACACUCUAAUAACCUUAACGGACAUAAACCCUUUAUUUAAUAAUGGAUUUUUGAAACUUCUGAAACUCGAGUGUACACCCGGGCAUAUGGUGUCUUGAGUUUCCCGCCAAUUCAUUUUUAGUUUUCAUCGAUGCUCAGACAAAGGGUACAGUUGUGAAACUCUUUAUGUCCCGAGGUCACUUAAAAUAACGAUAACAGUCCCUUUAAUGUAAAUUUUCAACUCACCAUAUUUUGCAUGUUAAGGAAGCUAAGGAAACACAGAAUCAUUAUAAAAAUAUAUUUCUAGUUUCUAAGAAAAAUUUUUUGAAUUUUUUCACAUGAAAAAAUAUUUUGUUUAUAAUAAUAAUAACCACGUUAAAAUUGUAAUGAAUUUGUGGUUUUGAUACCAGAAUCUGAUUUCCGGACUCAUUAAACCCAACCCUGAGAAGAGGUUAUCUGCUACACAGG